AUGGGAAUACAGGUGGAGAAUAAUGUGAAUUAUAGCAACACAUGGACGCACACAGCGGAGCGCGGUCCGCGCAGGCGCAGCUGGUCGUCGUGGGCGCUUAUUUGUUUACGCAGCGGCAGUCCGCGCCGCGCCGAGCCGAACGCCGCCGCUCGCGCACCCUGUAUUCAGUUCACGGCCGCUCUAUUACCGGACGUCUAUUUCGGCGCAUAA